CUUGUGAUGACUUGAACGAACCACUUCGAGCUUUGCCACUUUCAAAAUUGUUGUAUUGUAAACCAGAUCUCCCCGAGCGCGAAGUAUUUGGAAACAUUUUAAAUUCUAGUUUUUUGUGGAUCCACUUUGCGUUUUGCAAUUAUUUUGGCCAAAAUUUAAAUCUGAUAAAUUUGUAAUCGCGUAAAUAAAACAUAUUUUCGGCGAUCAAAAGUAACACGAAAUCAAGAUGCCAAUGCUACUGAGAAAUCUGCCAAUGAUGCGGCAAAUGCGUAUGCUGGCCACCAAGUCACGCCUGGAGAAGAAUAAUGCCAUACCGAAGGCGAAAUCCUGGAAACAGGAUUGGCCAGUCCGUGAGGAGAAUUUCGCUGCUGUCCAGAUUCACCAACAAAAGCAACCCGUUCGCUCAAUGAGCCACCGACCUAUCUCGAUGGUGGAUAUGGGUGCAUUCCGUCCCGUGACCCUGCCAGACCAGGCCUAUGCUCCAGGUCUGACCAAUCGCAAUAACAUGGCAGCCGCCCAGAAUGCCUCCAAGGGAAGAACCAUAAGGGCACAAGAGCAGAUGGAGCGCCGAAUGGAUUACCAAGGUCGCAGGCAGGACACGAUGAAUGCGGAUGAGGCGGAAUUUGAUCCUCAGCAGCAAGAUUACGGAAUGGAGCGCAGGCCAGAUAUGAGACUGGGAGAGGAUCAGGACUUUGACUCUGAUCUGGAGGUGCGCUCUGUGAGGGAGGCAGUAUUUGGAACCCAGGACGAUAGCGAUGAGGAUGAGAAGCUGCGUGCCCAGGCCGAUGCGGAGCUACUGCGUCGUGUUACGGCCCAGAAAGUUGAUGAGCCGCCAACACAAACCAUUUCCCGGAAGGUCAUUCAGCCGUACAUGUCGUACCGGAACCAUCGCACCCGCUGGGCUGAGUUUCGUCACAGCAUGAUCUACGGUCGCAGCUCCUUCUAGUUAAGGUUGAAUCAAAAAAUUUCAAAAUUCCAAUCCCAAAACUAUUGCCAUGGGACAUCUGGAAGACAGAAGAGAAAAACUAAGCAAACAAAAAUAUUUCAAAUUACUUCUCAUUUUAAUUUAGUGUAUUUACUAAUUUGCUAAAUC